AUGGUGGUGUCAUGCUUCUUCUCUCUCAACUCGUUCAAUCUCUACUCCUCACUAAGAAAAGCUUUGAGAGUUGUAAAAUCCAGGUUUUAUGCGGAGGAGGAUACUGAUGCAUAUGGGCUCAAGGUUGAUGUGAAGAAGUUUCUCUUUGAUAUGAGGAUGCAUGCUGAAGUGAUUGUUGUAACAAUGAAGUCGUUGGAUGCGCAAGCAAACCAUGGGUCCCCUGAAGAUGAAUAG